AUGACAUCCAACUGCUGUGUCAUCAAUAGCUCGCCGGCCUCCAUCAAGAGCUGCCCCCGGCCCUCCUCUGUCUGCUCCAGCAGCGUGAGCUGCAGGCCUGAGCUGUGCCUGGGUUAUGUCUACCAGCCCAUGACAUGCUUGCCUUCUGUCUGUAUGCCCACCACCUACCGGCCAGCCAGCUCCCUCUCCAAGACCUACCUAUCCAGCUCCUGCCAACCUAGCAGCUGCCGGCCAACCAGUGGCAUCUCUGGCUCCAUGGGUAUUGGUGGCUGGUUCUGUGAGGGCUCCUUCAACAGCAAUGAGAAGGAGACCAUGCAGUUCCUGAAUGACCGCCUGGCCAACUACCUGGAGAAGGUGCGGCAGCUGGAGCGGGAAAACGUGGAGCUGGAGACCAAGAUCCAAGAGGCCUGCAAUUCUCAGGUGCUCACCCUGUGUCCUGACUACGAGUCUUAUUUCCGGACCAUCGAGGAGCUCCAGCAGAAGGUUCUGUGCACUAAGGCGGAGAAUGCCAGGGUGGUCGUGCACAUUGAUAAUGCAAAGCUGGCUGCAGACGACUUCAGGACCAAAUACGAUUGCGAGCUGUCCAUGCGGCAGCUGGUGGAGGCCGACAUCAACGGGCUGCGCAGGAUCCUGGACGAGCUGACCCUGUGCAAGUCUGACCUGGAGGCCCAGGUGGAGUCCCUGAAGGAGGAGCUGCUGUGCCUCAAGAAGACCCAUGAGGAGGAAGUUGGUGCCCUCCGAUGCCAGCUGGGGGACCGCCUUAACAUUGAGGUUGACGCUGCGCCCCCGUCGGACCUGACCAGGACGCUGGAAGAGCUGCGGGGUCAGUACGAGGCAGUGGUGGAGACCAACCGCAGGGACGUGGAGGAAUGGUUCAACAUGCUGAUGGAGGAGCUCAACCAGCAGGUGGCCACGAGCUCUGAGCAGCUUCAGAGCUACCAGUCGGACAUCAUUGAUCUGAGACGAACGGUCAACACCCUGGAGAUUGAGCUGCAGGCCCAGCACAGCCUGAGGGUCUCCCUGGAAUCCAACCUGGCCGAGACUGAGGCCCGCUACAGCGCCCAGCUGGCCCAGGUGCAGGCCCUGAUCAACGGUGUGGAGUCCGAGCUGGCUGAGAUCCGCUGUGACCUGGAGCGGCAGAAUCGGGAGUACCAGGUGCUGCUGGACGUCCGUGCCCGGCUGGAGUGCGAGAUCAGCACAUACCGGAGCCUGCUGGAGAGCGAAGACUGCAAGUUGCCCUGUAACCCAUGCUCCACUCCCUCCUGCCCGCCCUGUGGGUCCUGCACCAUCUGUGUGCCUCUUAAUGGCCACCAACAGAGCAGGGCCAGCCCUGCCAGCAAGGAACAUGGGCUCAGGGCAGGACCAGGAGCCAACCGGCUGCAGUGCGCUUUGAUGCUGUAG